AAAAAAAAAAACAGACAAAGACCGAAGGGCAUAUGAUUCUCUCAUCAUCCAUGUCUGUUUCUUUUGAUUUCUUUUUUCUUUUGGACAGGCAUUCUCCCCAAUUUCGUCCAAUCUUCUCUUUGGAAGGCUUCACAGAUACGCAUCUCGAUAAGUAGAUGCGUAUAUCUAUCUAUAUAUAUACACUUUGCGUGUUCUUGAGGUUGGGUAAGAUCUAAACUCUCAGGCAAUGCUGGACGAUCAACUUAACUUGGCUUCUGGUCUUGCAUACCUGUGACUAAGAGGGGCAAGAAAUGAGGAGAAACCUAAAUUUGUGGGCUUUGUCUCUCGUGCUCGUCCUUUUCUUUGGUGGGUUGUCCUCUGUUUCAGCUAAACCUCCUCCUGCUAAAAUCGUAAGUGGGCUCGUGUCAAAUGUCGCAUCCAUGCUCUGGAAAUGGCUGUGGUCUCUCCACUCCUCUGCCACCACCACCACCACUACAAAAUCUGCUGUUUCUAGCCGUUCGAUGGUGAAAUUUGAAAGUGGGUACAACAUAGAAACAGUGUUCGACGGAAGUAAGUUUGGGAUUGAGCCAUAUGGUGUUGAAGUCUCUACCAAUGGGGAACUUCUUGUCUUGGAUUCUGAGAACAGCAACCUCCACAGGAUCUCCAUGCCACUUUCCACAUAUGGAAGACCAAAGUUGGUAUCAGGCUCCACAGAAGGGUUCACAGGACAUGUGGAUGGAAAGCUAAAAGAAGCGAGAAUGAAUCGUCCCAGAGGAUUAACAACAGACGACAGAGGAAAUAUCUAUGUGGCUGACACUAACAAUAUGGCCAUAAGGAAGAUCAGCGAUGAUGUUUCAACCAUCGCCGGAGGAAGAAGAGGCAGAGGAGGCAGUGGCCACAUUGACGGCCCAGCAGAAGACGCGAAAUUCUCUGAUGACUUUGAUUUGGUUUAUGUAUCCGGGAGCUGUUCUCUUUUGGUCAUUGAUCGAGGCAACCAAGCCAUCAGAGAGAUUCAGCUCCACCAAGACGACUGUUCUCAAGAACCCGACAGAGAUAUUCAUCUUGGAACUGCUCUCCUUAUCUCUGCAGCGUUCUUCGGAUACAUGCUUGCAUUGCUCCAGCGUAGAGUACGAAUGAUGUUUUCUUCGUCUCGCAAUGAUAAAAGAUAUAUGGUAAAACCGGGCAUGCAAAUGGCGCCAUACCACCAACGGUAUUCCACACCGGUAAGGCCGCCUUUAAUUCCGCCAGAACAUGAACCGGACAAACCGGACGAAGGUUUCUUCGGUUCGCUCGGUAAACUAGUGGUGAAAACCGGUUCAUCGGUUUCGGAAGUUCUGUCCGGUUCUCAGAGAAUGCCCCAGAACUACCAGUACCAACACCAGCAAGAUCCGAACAUGUGGCAGGCACAGGAUAGUUUUGUUAUGCCGGAAGGAAGUGAACCGAGAGUGGGUGUACCGGAUAAAACCUACCUUAGGGCACAAGCAACCAGCCAGAACCGGUCUUAUUACCAGCAGAAACAGGAUAUGAACGAGAUGACGUCGUAUGAGAAUAACCGAGAGAAGAACGAGAUCGUGUUUGGGGCUGUUCAGGAGCAAGACGGCCGGCGGGAAGCAAUGGUGAUCAAGGCCGUUGAUUUCUCUGAGACUAUGAACGAUCAGCGAAAUCUACGGCCCAGGAUUAAUUACAUGGGAUAUUCUUCCCAUGCUUUUUAAUCAUAUGAUUGGGGAUAUAAUAUAUAGAAGAAAACCAACAAGUAUGUAUAUGUGUGUCCUUAGUGUUAAUCAUAUUUCCAUGUUUACUCAGUUUUGUUCGGUUCGGUUAACGGUUUGAUCAA